CCCACUCGCGGCCCCCGUAGGGUGACGGCAAAGCCUCGGCCCUUAUCUCGCAUUCCUGGGGCCGGGGUGCCUAAUUAUGGGCAUCUGGCGGUGGCGGCGGAGGUGGUGGCAGGCGGGCGGCCCCCUCCCCAGUGGCCGGGGCUUCGUGGGGGGGGGGACACACGGGCGGCAGGUGCCAUGGCCUCCGCGUACCGCGCCGAGUGCCUCGGUGCCUACGGCCAGGGGCACGGCGAUCCUCGCUUCGAGGGCGAGCAGCGGCACGGGCCCUUCGGGGCACGGGCACACGAGGCCUUCGGGUACCCAGGGUCCCCGGGCGCCGUGUGUCCCUGCAGCCUCGGCACCUGGGUGCGUGCCCAGGGUGACACCUACCAGGUGGUGGCCGACGUCAGCCAGUUUGAGCCCCCCGACAUCGUGGUGACCACCUCCAACUGCCACGUCACCAUCCAGGCUGAGAAGGUGGCCGAGGACGGCACCGUCUGCGACACCUUCGCCCACAAGUGCCGCCUGCCCGAGGACACGGACCCGCUGUCGGUGAGCUGUGCCCUCACCGAGGCCGGCACGCUGGUCAUCACCGCCCGCCGCCGCCCCGGCGCCCGCCCCGGCGAGCCCCCGCAGCGGCUGUACCGCAGCGAGGCCAUGCUCUGAGCCGGCACCCACGGGGGAAACGCUCCUUGCCCCGACUGACGCCAACCCCGGUGCCGUGGCGAGGCUCGGCCGGUGCCCGCUGGCCGUGCCCCUUCCCCACCUUCCAAGCCCUUCUGUGGUCCGGCUCUGUUUAUAAAGUCAUUUUAUUAAAUUAA